CCCGCCGCUUCAAGGGCUCGAGCCAGUGCGCGCGCCCGCCUUCCUGCUCGGCCGCGGAGACAGCAACUCGGGGGCUCCUGCGGGCUGCGGCUGGUCUGGCGGAGCUGAGGCGGUAGGCCCCACCGGACAGGCGCGGGAAACAGCGUGAACAUCGGCAGCCCAGGCGCACACAGCAGCCGCCGCCAUCAUGGCCAGCGCCUCGUACCACAUCUCCAACCUGCUGGAGAAGAUGACGUCCAGCGACAAGGACUUCAGAUUCAUGGCAACUAAUGACUUGAUGACUGAGCUUCAGAAGGAUUCAAUCAAACUGGAUGAUGAUAGUGAGAGGAAAGUGGUAAAGAUGAUUUUGAAGCUACUGGAAGACAAAAAUGGUGAAGUUCAGAACCUGGCUGUAAAAUGUCUUGGUCCUCUUGUAAGUAAAGUAAAGGAGUAUCAAGUGGAGACUAUUGUAGAUACCCUUUGUACCAACAUGCUUUCAGACAAGGAACAAUUACGUGAUAUAUCUAGCAUUGGGCUGAAAACUGUAAUUGGAGAGCUUCCACCAGCAUCCAGUGGAUCUGCUCUGGCUGCAAAUGUUUGCAAAAAGAUUACAGGACGCCUUACAAGUGCUAUUGCAAAGCAGGAAGAUGUGUCUGUGCAGCUUGAAGCUUUAGACAUUAUGGCUGAUAUGCUUAGCAGACAGGGUGGACUGCUAGUUAAUUUUCAUCCUUCAAUUCUAAGCUGUCUUCUUCCACAGUUGACAAGCCCAAGACUUGCUGUAAGGAAAAGAACAAUUAUUGCUCUAGGUCAUCUGGUUAUGAGUUGCGGCAAUAUAGUUUUUAUUGAACUCAUUGAGCAUCUUUUGGCAGAAUUAUCUAAAAAUGAUUCCAUGUCCACAACGAGGACGUAUAUACAAUGCAUUGCUGCAAUAAGCAGGCAGGCAGGCCACAGAAUAGGUGAGUAUUUGGAGAAAAUAAUUCCACUUGUGGUUAAAUUCUGUAAUAUCGAUGAUGAUGAGCUGCGAGAAUACUGCAUUCAAGCUUUUGAAUCUUUUGUAAGAAGGUGCCCUAAGGAAGUCUAUCCUCAUGUGUCCACAAUAAUAAACAUAUGUCUGAAGUACUUAACAUAUGACCCAAAUUACAAUUAUGAUGAUGAGGAUGAAGAUGAAAACGCUAUGGAUGCGGACGGUGUGGAUGAUGAUGAUCAAGGUAGUGAUGAUGAAUAUAGCGAUGAUGAUGAUAUGAGCUGGAAAGUGAGACGGGCGGCAGCUAAGUGCUUGGAUGCUGUAGUUAGCACUCGACAUGAAAUGCUGCCUGAAUUCUACAAAACCGUGUCUCCUGCAUUAAUUGCAAGAUUCAAAGAACGUGAAGAGAAUGUGAAGGCUGAUGUUUUUCAUGCAUACCUCUCACUUUUAAAACAGACCCGGCCAGUUCAAAGCUGGCUUUGUGAUCCUGAUGCGAUGGAGCAGGGAGAAACACCAUUGACGAUGUUGCAAAGUCAGGUUCCCAAUAUUGUUAAAGCCCUACAUAAACAAAUGAAGGAAAAGAGUGUGAAGACUCGCCAGUGUUGUUUUAACAUGCUGACUGAGUUAGUCAAUGUGUUGCCUGGAGCUUUGACACAGCACAUUCCAGUACUUGUGCCUGGUAUCAUCUUUUCAUUAAAUGACAAGUCAAGUUCUUCUAACCUGAAGAUAGACGCUUUAUCAUGUCUUUAUGUGAUUCUUUGCAACCAUUCACCUAAAGUCUUCCAUCCACAUGUGCAAGCACUGGUUUCACCAGUGGUUAUCUGUGUUGGUGACCCAUUCUACAAAAUCACAUCAGAAGCCCUGCUUGUUACACAGCAACUUGUUAAAGUAAUUCGGCCCCUGGAACAACCUUCUUCCUUUGAUGCUGCCCCAUAUAUAAAAGACCUGUUCACGUGUACAAUUAAGAGAUUGAAAGCGGCAGAUAUUGACCAAGAAGUUAAAGAGCGUGCAAUUUCUUGCAUGGGUCAGAUCAUUUGUAGCCUUGGUGAUAACUUGGGAAGUGAUCUGGCAAAUACUCUGCAAAUUUUCCUUGAGAGGCUGAAGAAUGAGAUUACACGAUUGACCACAGUAAAAGCUCUGACAUUGAUAGCUGGGUCUCCAUUGAAAAUAGAUUUAAGACCAAUCUUGGGAGAAGGUGUGCCUAUUCUUGCCUCUUUUCUCAGAAAGAACCAGAGAGCUUUAAAACUUGGAACUCUUUCUGCUUUAGAUAUCCUGAUUAAAAAUUAUAGCGACAGCCUGACUGCAGAAAUGAUCGAUGCAGUGCUUGAUGAGCUUCCACCUCUUAUUAGUGAAAGUGAUAUGCAUGUGUCCCAAAUGGCCAUAAGCUUCCUCACAACACUGGCUAAAGUUUACCCAUCAUCUCUGUCCAAGAUUAGCGGAUCAAUCCUAGAUGAGCUUAUUGGGCUGGUGAGGUCACCAUUACUUCAAGGAGGUGCACUUAGUGCAAUGUUAGAAUUUUUCCAAGCUUUAGUGCUGACUGGGACUUCAUGUUUAGGUUAUAUGUACUUAUUGCGCAUGUUGACAGGUCCCGUUUAUGCACAAAGUACUGCUCUUACCCACAAGCAAUCCUACUAUUCCAUUGCCAAAUGUGUUGCUGCACUUACCCGGGCAUGUCCUAAAGAAGGGCCAGCUGUUGUUGGCCAAUUCAUUCAGGAUGUAAAGAACUCUAGGUCCACAGAUUCGAUUCGGCUAUUGGCUCUACUUUCUCUAGGUGAAGUUGGACAUCAUAUUGAUUUGAGUGGACAAGUAGAGUUAAAGUCUGUAAUACUGGAAGCCUUUUCAUCUCCUAGUGAAGAAGUGAAAUCGGCAGCAUCUUACGCAUUAGGUAGCAUUAGUGUAGGCAACCUUCCUGAAUAUUUGCCAUUUGUUUUACAAGAGAUAACUAGUCAGCCGAAGAGACAAUAUCUUCUACUUCAUUCUCUCAAGGAAAUAAUAAGCUCUGCAUCCGUAGCAGGCCUAAAGCCGUAUGUUGAAAAUAUCUGGUGUUUACUUUUGAAACAUUCUGAAUGUGCCGAGGAAGGGACCAGGAAUGUGGUUGCCGAAUGCCUUGGGAAGCUUACCUUAAUAGAUCCUGAAACCCUCUUACCACGUCUUAAAGGAUACUUGGCUGCAGGGUCAUCUUAUGCCCGAAGCUCUGUAGUAACAGCUGUCAAGUUUACAAUUUCUGAUCAUCCACAGCCUAUUGAUCCACUUCUUAAGAACUGCAUUGGUGAUUUUCUGAAGACGCUGGAGGAUCCAGAUUUAAAUGUACGAAGAGUGGCCCUUGUAACAUUCAACUCUGCAGCUCACAACAAGCCAUCCUUAAUCAGAGAUUUGCUUGAUUCGGUGCUUCCUCAUUUGUAUAAUGAAACAAAAGUACGAAAAGAACUUAUAAGAGAGGUUGAAAUGGGCCCAUUUAAGCAUACAGUUGACGAUGGUCUAGACAUCCGGAAAGCGGCCUUUGAAUGUAUGUACACUCUUCUAGACAGCUGUCUCGACAGGCUGGAUAUCUUUGAAUUUCUUAACCAUGUUGAAGAUGGUUUAAAGGAUCAUUAUGAUAUUAAGAUGCUCACAUUUUUAAUGUUGGUAAGACUCUCAACCCUAUGCCCAAGUGCAGUCCUGCAGAGGUUGGACAGACUAGUAGAACCUUUACGUGCCACAUGUACAACAAAAGUAAAGGCAAAUUCUGUGAAGCAAGAAUUUGAAAAGCAGGAUGAGCUGAAGCGAUCUGCAAUGAGAGCAGUGGCUGCACUUUUAACCAUUCCUGAAGCUGAGAAAAGCCCCUUGAUGAGUGAAUUCCAGUCACAAAUCAGUUCAAAUCCUGAGCUUGCAGCCAUCUUUGAAAGUAUUCAGAAAGAUACAUCCUCUGCAAACAUGGAAUCCAUGGACACUACAUAAACAUCCAAUCUAUAGAGAGACCAUAAUGUUGAACGAUGCACUGAAAUGACAGGUUAUGAGUAAGGCAAGAGAAUGAAAAAUCUAAAUUUCAAGCUUCACAAUGUUCCACUUUCUCUACAUUUUAAGGAGAACGUUUGGCUUUAAUUCCAUUGAUAUAUAAUUUUUUUUUAUUUUAUUUUUUAGCAUUUAUUUCAGGAAUUUGUAUUUCCAUAAUUCCAGGGGUUACUGUUUCAGCCAUUUUUAAAGAUGGAUGUAGCUUAGAACUUAUGGUGUAUGGAAAUAACAUCCAUUUUCCCAAUAUCGUUUAGAAUACAAACUGUUACCAAUGGACCAUAUUUUUUUUUAUUCCAUAUUUUUUGUUUUGUUAUUGCCUCUUCUUUAUCUUCUGUUUGAUUCAUCUACAUAAAAAAGGCUUCUGGCUUGCUCAUCAAAGUCUUUGUAAUAUUUUUACAUGUACCUCAUUGGUGAAAAUUCCCAUUUAAGCUGCGAUGUUUAGGACUCUCUCCCUAAUCUGCACAUAGUUUGCAUGACUGGGUUCACAAAUAUAUAAUGUCUCUGUAAAAUAGCAUGCCUUUUUUAUUACAGCUGCAUAAUUCUGUCUGUGCAGUUCCACCUGGCAUAUUUCCAGAGAAGUAGGCAUGUGCAUAUACAGAAUGAUCUCAUUUAUAAAAUAAAUACUUUUUGCCCCAUAGUACUGUUUCAGUACCAAUCUAGUACAGAAAACCAUGUUUCCUGUUUCAAGUAGUUUACAUGUCAGGUUUGCUUGUUUGAUGCCUGUGUGGAAACCAGUUGUGUAGAACAUAACCAGUAAAUUAAAAACAACUUAAAAUAACUGUUAAAAAUGAUAAACAUUAAUACAAUUUGGUAACUUGA